CCACGGUUGUCUAUAGAGUUGGCCCGGAACUAACCCACAUAAACUGACCCGAACCCGUCAUUAUUUUGGAGUAGCACUUAUUCCGAUAGUAGGCUUCCGUCGUGAAAUUGAACGUCUGUGUGAUUUAGAUGGGGACUCGAGAGGUGUAUGAAGAGAAGCUGCGAAGGGGGAAUCUGUAUCACGAACCCACCAUCAAACCUGGUCUCGGCACUCCUCGCUGCCCUCGUUGUCUCUCUCUCCUAGACUCACACUCGGAUAAAGGAGAAUGGACUAUUACACCAGUGUUACAUGACGCCACCGCUGUGGCUGGCUGCGGUUUAGGUGGAAUGCUUAGUGCCUUUUAUGGUCUGAACACAGGAAUGCCAUAUCUUCAGAAACAUGUCAAAGGACCAAAGUGGCUUCCAUUCGUUAUAGGGAUUCCCCCAUUGCUAAUGUUUUCUGCUGCCAGCGCUGCGUUGGGAGGAUAUGGGCUCCCAAACUUCACUCAACUCAGUGUGACAUCGUAUUAUGCUGCAUCAAGUGCCUCACAUCAUGGUAUUUCGUUGGUGACUAGAUACAUUGAAGACACCUAUAUGAAUCGUUCGGAUCAACAAAGGCUUCGGUGAUUAGUUGCUGGUGCACAACUCAGAUUCCAGCUUGUUCUGCUAUCUGAUGGAAACCUGAUCCUUUUUGUCCCGUCUAGUGUAUAGAUAUCUAGUCAGUUUUGUUUAUUAUGUUCGUCCUUUUGCUUAUAGUCUUUCUGAUGCUUGAAAGUACCAUGAAGAUAUGUAUGAUGCACUGUUUUAACCAAGAAUUCAGAGGCUUACAAUUAUGAAAUAAUCGAAUGAUGGAAUUGAUAUCAAUUUUAUUCAAUACUUUACAUGUUUGGCCCUAA